AGCAAAAGUCAGGAUAGCUUGGCUGGCAAUGCAGCUCAGCUCGGGUUUUUGAUCAUUAACGUUACUUUUAGCUAACUAACGUCACAUACGCAGUGUAAAAAAAGCUACAUUAGCAUUAAGUGUUAUCUCGUGGAAACCAGAGCGGCGUCCUGAAUACUUGUACAUCGUAUUUUAUGGAUACAAUUUAAAAUACUUUAUCGAAGAUAUAAUGUUUCUGACUUUGUUUGAGCCAAAAUGGCGCACUUCGCCUCGACAGUUAGGUUUAGUGACGUAAGUGUUUAUGUGCGUCUAUCGUCAACGCCUGCUUGACAUUUUUUAUUGAAAAGCUGAAAGUCAAACGGAGAAGUACAAUUUAAAUGGAAAAAUAAACAAGUCACGAUGAAAAUAUAUAUUCAUUAAUUAUGAAAAUUGUGUGUGUACAAUUGGUGGCAAAUAGGUUUUAUUUGUUCUCAGGCAAAAGUCCAACUACUAUGUUUUUUGUUAUCACAGGACCCCGAGAAGCACGUUGAAAUGUUUACGAUGGAGCGCCGUUAGCUGUCGACCCGAUAAAGUGUUAAUGACUUAAUAACUGCUGAAGUAAUUACUGAAUGUAUUCAUAAAAUACAACAAGUAAGCAAUAAGAAACAACGCUGUAUAUAGCAGCCGGUAAUGGAAACUUUUGCAAGGUAUUAAAUUAAGCUAGCUAGUAUUCCAGGAAGAACGUCGGUAACGCUGAUUGCAGAAAACGUUUUAGGCGCGAAUAAGCCGUUUGCACUCAUCAAGCUAAGUUGAGACAAACAUGGUGUCUUCACUGGUCGUUCCCGUUAUUGAUGUCCAGAAUGAUAACUUCAACGAGCUUUGGCCUGCUAUGGUACUGGCCAUUAAAACGGCUUCCUUCAUUGCACUGGACACGGAGCUGAGUGGUCUUGGGAACAGGAAGUCUUUGCUGGCUGAAUCUAUAGAGGACAGAUACAAAGCCAUAUGCCUUGCAGCUCGCACUCGCUCCAUCCUCUCCCUGGGAAUCGCCUGUUACAAGAAACUGGACGACAAGGCUGCAGACACAUACCUGGUCCAGGUGUAUAACCUCACCCUGCUGUGUUCAGAGGAGUACGUCAUCGAGCCCCAGUCAGUCCAGUUCCUGGUCCAGCAUGGGUUUGACUUUAACAAGCAGUACGCCAGUGGGAUCCCUUACCUCAAGGGCAACAGUAAGGGAGCAUCAGACGAGCGGGGCGUCCACAUCCGGGCCUUAUUCACUGAACUGCUGCGUGCCAGGAAGCCCCUGGUGUUGCACAACGGCCUCAUCGACAUGGCCUUCCUUUACCAGAGUUUUUAUUUAUCUCUGCCCGAUCGCUUGGCCAUCUUCACAGCCGACCUGUCUGAGAUGUUUCCUGCUGGCAUCUACGACACCAAAUACGUCACUGAGUUCGAGCUCCGGCUCACUGCCUCCUAUCUGGAAUAUGCCUACAAGAAGUGUAAGCUGGACAACAGUCGCAUUGUGACCUCUGGAAGGGCCGAGCCUCACGUCCAUGUAGAGUUCUGUCAGUAUGCCGGUCACAUGUCCAGCUACGUGGACUACAGAGUGUGUCCAGCUGUGGCCUCUGCUGAGGGACAGACUGACAUCUGCCAGCGCUUCUCUGCGUUUGGCUGGUGUCCAAAGGGCGCCCAGUGUCCGUCGUCCCAUGACACCGACCUGAUCAUCCUCCAGGACGAGAAAGGCACGGGGGAAAGGAGGAAAAGGAGGAAGCGACCAAGAGACAAGAAGAGAGGUAGAGGCGAGGCAGGGGACGGCCCCUCCAUCUUUGAUGGCGCCCCUGAGAACAAAAUGCCCCACAUGGAGUCGGACCCCGAAGAAACACCAGCUGAGCCGUGCCCAGAAACAGAGCCUCUAGUGGCCGGUGACGGAAACAACCCGCAGAAUGAAGGAGUGGACAUGAAAAAAGACGGCGAGGGGAACGGAGUGUCCGAAGACAACCCCGACUGCAGGAACCCUGCAGCAACGGCCACGACUGAUCACGACUCAAACACAAAAACCAACACAAAUGAGAGCCGAGAGGAAGACGGAGGGACAGAAAUGCUUACCGACCACCCAUCUCAGACCGACGCUCCGAAGACCAAGGCCGACCCGGGGACGCACCGGGCCGGGUUCGAUGCCUUCAUGACGGGAUACAUUUUUGCCCACUCAUGCACCCGGAUCAAGAAGGAAGGAGUGGGAGCUGUAGAGAAGGAGCAGCAGGAGGAGAAAAUGGAGGAGGAGGAGGAGAAGAAGAAGGAGGAGAAGUCGUGGCUUCCUUCGUGUCUCAAUAAGGUCUACCUCAGCGGCAAGGAAGCUCCUCUCAACGUGGUUAAAAGCACCUUCGCCAGGUCGUCCAAGGCCCACAUGCAGAAGAUGAAGACGGUAUGGGAGGCUGGAGUGUAGUGUGCACACUUGCACACAGCAUUAUAGUGUACACAUUUCUAUGGCUCAAUGGAUGGCAAUGUCUGUCCACCACUUUGGUUUAGACAGAAAUAUCUCAACAACUAUCCAAUGGAUUGUUUCUACAUUCAUGAUCACCAGAGGAUGAAUCCUAUUGACUAUUUCCCUGUAUCACCGUGAGGUUGACAUUCUUUGUUUUUUAGCAAAAUAAAUUGACAAUUAUUGGAUAGAUUAGAAACCCAUCUCAUCAUCACAUGCUUAAAGAGCCACCAGAAUGGCUGUUUUAUGAUUUCUGUUGACUUUUUAACAAUAUCAGGGACAAUAGUCAGUUUAUGUUAAUGGUGAUAACUUUUGCUACGACAAUGUACACAAUCCAGGGAGAUGAAAUUACCUUUUUCCUUUUUUUAAUCCAGUUUUUUGUGCUGCAAAUUGUUUAUAUUUCUUUAGCAGUAGAUUUGUUACCUGCUACUUAUACUUCACAUACUCGCAAUGCAGAGGCAUCAUUUUUAUUUUCUCUGCAAGAAUUUGUAAGACAACUCAGCCAAAGUGAGAUGAUGAUUGAUCCCAUAUUUCAGAUUUUGUAAAAAUACACUAAUGUUCUUUAA